GUGUGUGUGUCUCAGAAUCGCGUGCGAAGAGUCCGGCGUGUCAUUCUGUGGAAUCCGCCACCUGAAACACAGUAUAUAACAGCAAACACACACACACACACACACACUCACACACACACACACUCGAGUCUCUCCAGCUCAUUCUGCGCGCGAUCAUCACAGCAGAGCAUCUGUUGAAGAUGAUUCCACCUGGAGACUGUCUGUACGCGGGGAGGAAGAGGAGGAAACCCAUCCAGAAACACAGAAAACCAGCGGCGGUGACUGAGAAAUCCAACCCGUCCAAGCGUCACCGCGACCGCCUGAACGCCGAGCUGGACCGGCUGGCCAGUCUGCUGCCCUUCUCACCCGAGAUCAUCUCCAAACUGGACAAACUGUCCGUCCUGCGGCUGAGCGUCAGCUACCUGCGGGUCAAGAGCUUCUUCAGCGCAGCUGCUCAGGAAAACCCUCAUGAGAAACACGCGAGCGGGAAGGAGCGCAACACGACGGACACAUGCGUCCCUGAGAGCCAGCUGCUGCUAGAGUCUCUAGCAGGUUUUGCGCUGGUGGUCAGCAGUGAGGGGAUGGUCUUCUACGCGUCCUCCACCAUCGUCGACUACCUGGGCUUCCACCAGACAGAUGUGAUGCAUCAGAACGUGUUUGAUUACAUUCACGUGGACGACCGGCAGGAGUUCAGACGGCAGCUGCACUGGGCCAUGAACCCCUCGGCCCAAAGCUCGGAGCAGCAGUUACCCAGCGGCACGGGUGAAGAUUUUGUGGUCAGCACUUUGUUUCAGUCCGAGGAGUCGGGCGGCAUUCCUCCAGAGUUCUCCUGCUUCCUGAACCGCUGUUUCAUCCUGCGCGUUCGCUGCUUACUGGACAGCACGUCUGGAUUUCUGACGAUGCAGUUCCAGGGCCAACUGAAGUUCCUUCACGGUCAGAGGAAGAAGACGGCGUCCGGAGCGGCUCUUCCUCCUCAGCUGGCGCUGUUCUGCGUGGCCGUGCCGCUCCUGCUGCCCUCCAUCGCUGAGAUGAAGAUGAAGAGCAGCGUGAUGAAGGGCAAACACAAGAACCCUGCCGUUCUCACCUCAUUAGAUCACAAUGACAGAGACGAUCCUCUCAGACGGUCACACAUGAUCCUCUCCAAAGACAGCGUCAAGUACAAGAGCGACGCUCACUACGGUCCGGACGAGCCUUUGAACUUCUGCAAGUCUGCGUCGAGCGGCCAGAAGUUCAUGAGCAUGGAGUGCGGCGCGUGGCCCGUGAGAAACUCCUCCGUCCGGACGGGUCACGGGGUCGACCUGCUGCCCGCUGCCCGGAAAUACGCACACUAUGGAAAACCGUAUCGAGCGGGGCCUGGAUAUUACAGCAACAGGGCCGACACGUUCGUGCCAAAGACGUACGGGAGCGACUACGGCGCAGACGCCAUCAAGAGUGAGAACUUCUGUUACGAAGGUCACGGCGAGGGAUACGACGCACACGUGAUGCCCGAGCCGCCCAUUAAGGUGGAGCAGGACUCGGACUCGGAGAACGGCUGCGACAUCUACGGACGUUACCCGAGCGGCUACGACGGCACGCAGAUGAAAGCAGAGGCCGAGUACGGCGAGCAGUUUUCCUCCUGUCAGCGGCCGAAGGGAACGGCGUACGGCAGCCACUAUCACAACGCUUACGGCGGAGCGGCUCGGCCUCUCAAGUGCGUCCUGAACAGAGACGCGCCGGCCUCCGGCUCGCUGAACUCUCACUGCGUGGAUGCCUACGCUGCCGACUACAAAGGGUACGUGCAGCACGACUACAAAGCGGGCUACGAGUUCAAAGGUCACGGGAUCCUUCACUGCAUCAAACAAGAGCCGGCGGAUCCUCCCCACUGGAACAUGAUGACGAACUGUAUGACGAACGGCGGCGCAAACAAGAUCAACCCGUACGUCUUCAUGCAGUAGCGCUCUUCGUCCAUUCUGUCACCAAUCCUUCUGGAACUGAUUUCAAACCCACGAUCAUCCUGACACUGCAAAAAAUGAUGUUCUUCAUCAGUGUUUCCGUUUGGUUUUCCAGUUCACAUAUCUAAACGUUCUUAAAUCAAGAUGCAUUUAUUGGAGAAGCAAAAUGACUGAAGAUAUCAAGUCUUAGAAGAAAUGAAGUGACAACGGCUGAGUUCAUGCUUGGAACAAAAGAACAAAUAUCUGUCAGUGCUGUAUCUGUAUUUUUAUGACUCCAUUGGCAGAUAUUUGUUCUUGUUUCAUUUUGAUCAGUAUGUCAGAAAACAAGACGUAAUAUCUAAAUGUCUAGUCAUUUUGCUUGUAUCUUGAUUCAAGAAGGUUUAGAUAUUUGUACUGAAAAAAAGACAAAAAUACUAAAUAAGAAAACCAUUUUUCUGAGUUCUGUCAGUUUCAGGACGUGGUUUCGGUGCAGUUCGUGAGUUCGUUCACUGAGCUUUCAUUAUAUUUUCUUCUGUGCACUUUUUAUAUAAUGAGGCUAAUAUUUCUCUCUGUUCAUCAAACAUGGACGAGGAGAAAAUUACUAACAAGAUUCACAUUUAUGUCGAGGACGAAGAUUCAUUUCAAGAGUUUAGUACAUCAUUACAAUCAAUGUUUGACUUGUAUAUUUAUACAAACACUUGUUUUAUUAAAGCAUUUCAUCUGCAUGUUUAUUAAGUAUUGAAGUAUAAAAACUGAAGGACUUAAUCUGAAGUUAGUGUUCGGCUAUCAGCUUACAAGACUCCAUAUUUGACAGAAACAUUCUUAUAUCUCAUAAAAUAGCCAAACGUUGAAAAAACACCCAACUAAUAUGUUGAAGCAGAUCAGUAAUUAAAAAAUUCAAUAAUAAAUAAUGGCAAUUAUUUAGGCUCAUUUCAAACAUUUUACCGUUAAAUUCACUUCAGCAUUGAUAAUAAUGCCAAACGUUCAAUAGAGCACGGCUCUAAAGUUUCGGGCUCGUAUCUAUGACUUUAUAUAAAACUACUGUUUUAAUAUAUUUGUCAGUAAGUAAAGAUAAUAACGAUAAUAGUAAUAAUGCACUUGCACUACCGGGGCGAAAGAAAACCUGCCGAGACACGACGUCAUUGUGACGCACGGCUGUAAACGCUCCGGUGUUCACGAGAGAGUUUUUGGAAGGUUAAUUUGUAUUUAUUGUUUAAUGGCAAAUAUCAAAGGCCUUUUGCACUUUUUCAGGAAGGAUUUUAACAUGACGUUUUGCCACUGGCAUUCAAUAUGGACAAUAAAUAUUAACAGAAGAUACAAUAAUCUUUUACACAAGUUUGUAGCUGCAAAGCAGCAACAAUCAAAUGUGGGUCUUCCUGUUAUAUUUAUUACUUUUAUAAAAAUAAAAAUCUUGUAUGACAAAAA